UUUCCUUUUAUUUAGGUGAAGUUGCCUAUCAGCCAAAUCGAAAAGUGGGGUUGAAAUCCUUGGUAAAGCGUUUGUUUCUUUUCGUUGCGAUAUGAUCAGUUCUUGUGAUCGAACGCUAUGGCUUCUUUAAGAGAUCGAGCAUUUUGACAUUUAAAAAUAAGGAAAAGUCCGAUGCAGCUCUCCGUCGUGUUUCAAGCUGCUGGCUGUCAACUUGCGCUCUAGCUGCAACAGCUUUAGUCGACUAUUUCUCUGUAUUUGCGCUGUAAAACGUAUUUUUACGGGUUAGGGGAAAAUAUCGACGUGUGGGCGUUUGCUCCUUUGAACCAUGUCCACUGAAGUUGCGAGUAACUUGGACGUGACAGUCAGUUGUUUGGGUGAAGGGAACCAAAACAAGUCGGACACGGUUCAACCCAAGAAACCUGAUCGAGCUAGCCACGAGGAGGGGCAGCAGGAUCCUCCUCAAGUCGACUGCAAACAUCAAAAACAGGGGGUCAUGGAAAGCAAAGCGGAUGGACUGAGCACGGACAGCACGAACGACAAAGAGAACGAACAGAAUGCAUCUAGCCCCAAAGCGACAGAAACUGCCAAGAAGAAAGUGAUCGAGGCUCCUCCGCCCAAAGUCAACCCGUGGACGAAGAGGAAUGCCUGCCCUGCCAACAAUGCCACUAACAGCUCCAUACAAACAGAUCCCCAGAGUCCUGCCAAAGUUGUCCGUGCCAGCAAACCCAGGUCCAGAAAGACCAGCAAGUCGAGUGACUUCAGUGACAUCACAAAUUGGCCUACGCCAGGAGAGAUCGCCACUAAGGAGCAGCACCAGAAUGUGAUAAAUACAAACGGGCAGAAGGGCCCGUCUGGCCGGAGGGAGAGAAAGAAAGUUUCUGGAGGAGAGAAGAGAGAGAAGGAGUGCAGUAGUGACGGAAGUGACAGUAAGGAGAACAGGGUGGCGCAGUCGGAUCCAAUCACAGGACUUUCAAAUGAUCAGGAAGCAGAGGAUGGAGAGGAGACGCAAAGCAGCGCCCCUCGCAGGAGAGGAGGCUGGAGAAGAGAAAGAGAUUUCUUUGAUGACACAGCAAGCAUUCGCAGCGAGGGCAGCAAUGUCCGUGGAGUUCCUAGGGGCCGGGGCAAAGGCCGUGGGAGGGGCAGAGGUCGUGGCCGAGGUCGCUACGACCAUUCCCACAGUUACCGGGACUCUUACCUGGAUGGGUCUUCAGUGCCAGCUGAUUUCGGCAGUAACAUGGUCUAUUACUAUGACGACGGUAAUCGCGUGCAGAUGUAUACGAUUGAGGAGAACUUGCUUAAAGGAUACAUCAAACGGCAAAUCGAAUACUACUUUAGCCUCCCAAACCUGGAGCGAGACUUUUUCCUGCGGAGGAAAAUGGAUUCGAAAGGCUUCUUGCCCAUCUCUCUGAUCGCCAGUUUCCACAGAGUCCAGGCCCUCACCACUGAUAUCAACCUUAUUAAGGAGGCGGUGAAGAACAGUGAAAUCGUGGAACUGGUCGAUGAGCAGAUACGUAGGAAAGAGGAUCCAGAAUUUUGGCCCAUUCCUGUUCCUCCUCUGGACUCCCCACGCACAGAUUUCACCCAGCUAAUUCAUUGCCCAGAGUUCAUCCCAGGACAGACGUUCACCUCUCUCAGCUCAGUGUCAUCCUCCCCAGUCAAUCAGCACAUAGAUGAACUCGUUCUGGUGAACGGUCAGACUAGCGACACCACUGACACAGACACAGGCAAACCUCAGUCGAAAGUGUCCUCUCCUUCUAAAAGUAACUCUAGUGAAGAUGCGAGCAGCCCUAAAGAGCGCUCCAGCAGCCUUUCUGACCCAGAAGCCCAGCCGUGGAUACAGGUGGAAAAACGGCACCGAAACUCUUCAGGAAAAAGCAAGGAACGUCCAGAAUUGGCUCAGUCCAGCCCAAAGCAGCAGCCUGAGGCGGACCAGGAGGAGCUGGACUUCCUUUUUGAUGAGGAAAUGGAAAGGCUCGCCGCACCUCGCAAGAACACCUUCACCGAUUGGUCCGAUGAUGACUCUGACGAUGAAAUUGACGACCGAGAUGUAAACAAGAUCCUGAUCGUUACUCAGACCCCCCCUCACCUGCGGAAACACCCUGGGGGCGAUAGGAAAGGAAACCACGCGUCACGUGCUAAAAUUACAGUUGACCUCGCCAAAGCCAUUAACGAUGGAUUGUUCUACUAUGAGCAGGAUCUUUGGACGAAAGAAGAGGGACCGCAAGACUGUACCAAUGCAAAGGAUAUGGAGAACUUUAAAAAGCUCAACAUGAUCAGCCAAGACGAGUUUGAAACUCUGACCCCUAAAGUUCCUAUUGAUCCCAACCAGGAAGUCCCGCCUCCUCCACCAUCUCAAGCAGAUGAGUGUAACUUGGCUAAUUCUGUCCCCACGGAUGUCCCAGAGGCCUCCAGUGUGCCCCGGACCCCUCGUACCCCACGUACCCCUGGCAGACAGGACCCUACCAAAACUCCACGUUUCUACCCUGUCAUGAAAGAGAGCGGAAACUUUGACGGACAUACACCCAGAAAGAGGAAAACUCGGCACAGUUCUAACCCUCCUCUGGAGUGCCACGUAGGUUGGGUGAUGGACUCGCGUGAGCACAGACCCCGCACUUCCUCCAUCAGCAGUUCGAAUGCGUCUCCAUCAGAAGGAGCUCCAGCAUUAUCAGGCAGUUACGGCUGUACCCCUCAGUCCCUGCCAAAGUUUUGGCAUCCAUCGCAUGAGCUUCUGAGAGAAAGCGGCUUCACCCAGCAAGUUUACCACAAAUACCGUCGCCGCUGUCUCAACGAGAGGAAGCGGUUGGGGGUCGGUCAGUCUCAGGAGAUGAACACCCUCUUUAGGUUCUGGUCCUUCUUCCUCAGAGACAACUUCAACAGAAAGAUGUAUGAGGAGUUUAAGCAGUUUUCCCUGGAGGACAGCAAAGAGAACUACAGGUAUGGAUUGGAGUGUCUGUUCAGGUUCUACAGUUAUGGACUGGAGAGGAGGUUCAGACAGGAUAUCUUUAAGGACUUCCAGGAGGAGACCAUAAAUGACUAUGAGAGGGGUCAACUAUAUGGACUGGAGAAAUUCUGGGCUUUCCUGAAAUAUUCUCAGAUGAAGAAUCAGACCAUUGACCCCAAACUUCAGGAAUACCUUAAGAAAUUCAGAAGCAUUGAUGAUUUCAGAGUGGAUCCACCGAUGGGAGAGGAAGGAGCGAGAAGAAAAGCAUACUCGUCCUCCGCAGGAGACGAGCCAAAACGUCGACGGCACAAUUCAUCAUCAUCAUCAAAACAGACCUCGGUUACCAAGGCUGCUACAGACAAUCAACAUGCUGCUGGAGGAGUGGAAAAAGCAUUCUCAACUGAUCAGACCAACGCCACAAAUGCAACGAAAGCCGUCAUAUCCAAUCAAUCAUCGGGGGCAGGGUCAUCCAAAUCAGCUUUAGCCAAUCAGAAACCAACACCUUCGACUACCAAGAGCAACACGUCUAACGAUGCUGCUACGAAAGCCCCCCCCAAAGAGAAUGUGAAGAAAAAUACCUCAUCGGAUGCUCGCAAAGGAGAUGCAGCCGCGAGUAAAACCAGAGAUAGCCAACAGCCAAAAAAAUGAAGCCUCUGCUACACUAUACAGUAUUUGAGUUACUUUAGAGCUAUGAAAGGAUUUACACCGUAACCUUGAAAGUGAGACAGUCAAACCGUUAGAGCAAAGACCAACUGUCAUAACAAACUGAAGAGUAAAUCAGAUUAUGUUUGUGUCAUACGAGAACAUUUCUGGAUAGGUUAACUUCUGUAACAUCUUUUGUUUUUGUUCUUCUGUUUUUCCUGCAUAAGUAGUACAUUGCAAAAUCCUCAGUGCGCAUGGUGAACUUGUUUCACUGUGAGGUUUACAGAAUAUGCAUUCUCUUUUUUUAAUUAGUUUUACCUUUGCCAAUGCCUUACAUUUCAAAAGCAGCAAAACAUACAGCUCUCUCGACAUUCAUAAUAAUCUCUUGGCUUUUAUUUGUAUUGUGUAUUUUUAAUUUGUGCACGUGCCUGUCUUGAGGGACACAUCUGUCUGUGUGUCUGACAAGAUUACACGUUUAUUUUAAAAAUUCAUAAAAGCUCAUCAAAAUCUAACUUGAAUAUGGUUGAGACACAAUAACACACUAUAUAGCCUAUUGCGUUUUUGCUCUUUUAGUUUAUGUAGAAAAUAUGACUGUGAUGAAAUACUAAGUUCUAUGGGCUUUUAUGAUUAGCUGAGUGUCUGAGCUAAAUAUUUGAAAAGUAUGACCCGUCGUGGUGAGGGGUUGAGAAAAGUGAUGAUAUCUACACAUUGUUCUUGCUUAUAAAUAUAAAUAUUGUGCCAUUCACAUUAUGGAGACGGUCAGACACUGUCUCCAGUUUAGGUGCAGAGGAGCGAAGAAAGACAUCUUGAUGACCUUUUACGAUAAUUUUGACUUAAUUUGGAAAACAUCUCUGUACUUGAAGUUUUCUAAGAAAUGUUCUGUUUUUGAAAGGAAUUAUUCUUUCUUUUAAAUACUUUGAAUUCUAUUUAGAUAAUUUAUUUUUCCUCUCUUGUGAAAGCUUAAUUGAUUUUAAUAUUUUUUUAUUGUUAGUAUUGAGAGAGUAUAGAUGACUGCAAACGUGGUGGCCCAGAAAAAAACAUUUAUUUGCGUUACAUCUUUAUUUCCUGGAUGGAUCUUGGCUGAUUACAUUAAAUCAGUGUUCUUUUCUCACUUACGAUCAUUAAUCUGACACUGAAUUGGUGUCUUGAUUGUAUCAUGUUUGCUUUAAAAACUGUACAUAAAAAUAAUUAGAAGCAGCUCUCUAUAAUUUCAAUCAAUUGAAAUAUUUUUAUUUGAUAUUUUUGUUUGUGUGCGCUUGUGUUGGUAUGCAUGUCGGUUUCAAUUUUUCUUUCCUCAUAAAUUGUAAAAUGUAAAAAAAAUAUAAAAUAUAUUAAACUGUUUAUAAAAA